GUGAGACCUACGCCUACGGUCCGUUCAAUCCCGCGCUUGGCCUGCUGCAUGCCUGGUUUCUGAGCUUGUUGGAGACAACGUGAAAAGUACCUGGUGGAGGGACCCUGUAUGUUGCCAUGCUCAAGGAAAGUUAGGUUAUUUUAUUCUUUCGAAUAAGGCCGAAAUGGCUGAAGGUCAUGACAUGCAUGAAGUUUGUACCAGAGCAAAAAGAUUGGCCGACGGGGAUGGAGAUGAAGGAGGUGCAGGUGAACCAAAGGCAAAGUUGAGACGGAGGCAUCUGGAGGAUUCUUAUUUUUGGAUCAACUCAUACCAUUCGAGGGCUGUGCUGACCCGGUUUUUUAUAGACACCAAGGUUAAGGCUGGAAAGAAAGCAGAGUUGACCUUCAACUCUAUGCCGCUUUCUGUGAAGUUAUUAACACGUCAUCCAAAGCCAGAGGAUUUAGACAGUGAUAAAACAGUCAUGCCAGUUUGCACCAACUUUGAUGUAAUUUCGUCAUUUUUUGAUGAAACUAAGGAGGAAGAGUUCAAAGCUGUCAUAUCAAGCAAGUGCAUCGGAGGUCUGUCCUUUGAACAUCAAACGUGUAUCGAGAAUGAAGAAUGGGAGAAGAUGUUUAAAACAAUGGAAGGAAAAAAUUACAAGUUGGUGAAGAAUAGAUGGAAACCCACUGAUGUUACUCUUGAUGAUGAGUUACCUGAUAAUCUAUCGUUGUUGGUUUCAAGAUUGGAUCUGGCGUUAGCUGGCAACAUGGGUAAUGGUUGUGCAAAAGAUUUUAUUGACACGCUGCUCGAAUGCAUUCAAGAAGUUGGACAGGUCAGCGUGAGGAGGAUGUCCCAUCACUCACCUGUGCUGUCAUCAAGGACAAAUAGUUCAAUAGCCCUUGUACCAAAAUCUGACACAUUGACAUGGGACCUUGGAUAUGUGGAACCACCCAGCCCUAAAAGUGUCUCAUCACGAUCCUCCAUUUUUGAUGGCUCUGGUGGAAGCGGGGAUGGGCUACUUUCGACUACCCCUAAAUAUCAUAAGGUGGUACCUGAUCAUGUUUGGUACUUGCAAGAAUACCCGGGAUAUUUUGUUCUGAAUGUUGAGUGCAAGCGUAAGGAAGAUGAUUCCCAUGCGGCUAUAAUGCAGUGUAUAAAGCAAAUGUUCACCCAGAUGCAUUUUCAAAUGUCUACAUUUGGUUUGAUGAUCAAUCCAACUGGCUGGUGCCUUAUUCUUCUUGUGAAGUCAGGAAACGAAAUAUCAGUCCAUAAGGUGCAGCAGUCUUUCAUAGAGUCCGUCACCAAAUCCCACUCCUUCAAUCUUGAGAACUUGAGGAGUUUGUGCAACUGGCUCUACAGAAUAAUGCUCUACAGGCUAAAGUUUCCAUCUGGGUAGGCUUUUAUUGCGAACAUGGCAGUCGAAAGAUUUUGUACCCAAGCUAUGUAAUGAAAUUUUGUGCUUGGCUCUAUUCUCUACAUGUAGGCUUAAGUCACCAUCUGGGCAAGCUUUCUUUUUGGGAACUUGGCAGAUGAACAUUUUGUUCCCAAGCUAUGUAAUGAAAUUUUGUGCUUGGCUCUAUUCUCUACAUGUAGGCUUAAGUCACCAUCUGGGUAAGCUUUCUUUUUGGGAACUUGGCAGAUGAAAUUUUUUGUACCGUAGCUACCUAAUGAAAUUUUGUGCUUGGCUCUAUUCUCUACAUGUAGGCUGAAGUCACUAUUUGGGCAAGCUUUCUUGUUGGGACUUGGCAGAUGAACAUUAAAUGUUAAUACCCUAGCUGUGGAAUGAAAUUUUGUGCUUGGCUCUAUUCUCUGGCGCCGCUGUGCCUCGAUAUAGUUAAUAUUAGGGGAAAAGUCAAGUUUCAGACAUGAUGAUGAUGUUGAUAAUAAGGCAAUGUUGGAUAUUUCCUUGCUCUGCAAAAAGUUAAUGAAAAGGCCAGGGGCCAUUGUGCUCACCGUUUAUGGUGACCAAGCGGCAUACUGUCUCUCCAAAGCACAGGCAACUGCAUUAAGAGAUGGCUCGUCAUUGUGGUUCAGCAUAGCAGAGUGCUGGUGUUCACUAUAGAUUUUGUAGAGUAAUCACUUGGCAUUAGAUGUUCAUCCCUUUUUGAACACCUGCAUGAGCUGUCAGUCAAUCUAAAUGAUUAACAAGGCCGAUUUAUGAAAAUAAUGUUUAUUUAUCUUAAAGAACAUUGAACAUGUUGAAAGAGAAUCACAGUAAAUAUAAAAUCAAAAAAUGAUACUUGUAUUAUGAAUACUCAUGUGGUGUUGAUUAGGUUACAUGUAUGUAAGUGAAUCGAAACAUGGAAUAAAAAACAUGGCAUAGAGUAAUUGAAGCCCCUGAGAACAGUACCAGGUGUCUUCUUUUUUUGAAGUUUUAGAAGACUAAAAGUUUUAGGGGAAAAAAAAUCACAGUAAAAUAAAAUCACAAAUUAUGUAUAGUCAUCUGGUACUGAUUUGCUUACAUGUAUGUAAGUGAAAUAUUAUACAAAUUGUUGAUGGCAUACUGUAAUUUAAGCCCCUGAGAACAGUACUAGGUGUCUUCUGUUUUUGAAGACUAGAAAUUUCAGGGAGAACAAAAAGAGAAUCACAGUAAAAUAAAAUCACAUAUUAUGUAUAGUCAUCUGGUACUGAUUUGCUUACAUGUAUGUAUGUGAAAUAUCAUACAAAUUGUUAAUAGAAACAUGGCAUACAGUAAUUUAAGACGAUGAGAACAGGUGAAUUCUGUUUUAGAUGUUUUGAAGACUGAAAGUUUCAGGGAAAACAGGAACAGAAUUGCAGUAAAAAUAAAAUCACAAAUUAUGUAGAGUAAUCUGGUACUGAUUGGCUUACAUGUAUGUAAGUGAAAUAGGAGUAAAAAUGUGCCAUGGUAUUUGGCAUCUUUGUUAAAGUAUACCAAAUCGGAAUAAAUUCUAAGUAGAGUUACAGUUUUUAGUAGGCUCUGGCUUUCUUUUGGGUCACCCUGUAUAAUGAUGAUGAAUAGCGGAACUAAUGGGUGAUUUCAAAGUUUGUUGAUGCAACAGAUGGGGUGUCCAUAAAUUUACUUUUUUGUUUUGGCGACUGAUGGUUUAGGGGGGAUGGCAGAUGUUGUGGCAAGUGGUUUCCAGUUGACAGUGGUGAGCAUGAUCUCUGUGACUGUGUUUCCUGACAGAACUGCUCUUGCUGCGGCUGGAAGGCUUGGGAUAGUUGGCAUUGGAUCUGCUGAUGCGAAGAUGUACGAUUCUGCUUCAUGGAGGCCAUUUCGAAUAAUAAGGAGUUCUUUUCCAGAGACUGCAAUGAUGUUGACAUUGCAUUUGUCUUCUGAAGACUGGAAUUAGAGUGGAGUUUGUAUUAUUACAUUGGGAUAAUAGUUAGAUAAUUAGUAUACUGGUAUGGUGAACUCUGUGCCUGUUGAAGAUGUUUUGAUGUCCUAAUUUAUGUGCUGAAACUGUUUUGGAAUCAAAGAGUUGUUCACUAAAACACCAUAUGUUGUGGUGGUAGAGUCACAAGAAUUAGAUGGUGGGCGUAGAAAGAGACUAUUGUUGACCAAAUAGUUGAUAUGGGUUAUGGGUAUUUUUCUUCUAAUUUUGCAGGUGUCUGCUAUAAAUGAAGAUGAAAGAAAAGGUGAAGUUGGGUGGGAAUAGUAGAAUAAUGGUGGUGAAAAUUGUACUUACAGUGAUGGCUGUUUCUGGGGUGUCACGGAAGUGUUUUUGCAUGUUGAAUUCGGUUAUUUCAACAUUUUCUACCUUGAUUUUCUUAUUAAGGUGGACGUCACCUAUGAGAUCAGUGGACUUGUUCCACAGCUUCAGAGUUGCUGUUGAAGUUGAAGCCUGCCCAUCUUCCUCUAUGAUGAUAUCUUUGCGCUUCCACGAUGCAUCAGGGGCUGUUUUGAGUGGAGAAAUCUGUGGGAAGAAAUGGAAUUAUAGAGUGUAUUGACACUGAUAUCUAAUAUCAUAAAUAGUUUAUGUGAGAUUAUAGGUUAUUGCUAAUACUGAACUUGAGGGAGGUGAAGGACACACAUUGAGUAUGGAUUGUGGUAGUGAGGUGAUGGAUCAUUGUAAUUAUAGAAUUGUGGAAGUCAAUGCUGGUUGACGAAAUACAUGGUAUUUGGAAAUGUCUGGGUUUUUGUAUGAAUAUUUCUUGAUCUGUGGACUUUGAAAUUAUUUGCAUUUGUCUUUACCUGUUUUAUUUUGACAAGGAUGAUGCUCUUUGUUUGAUUGGAGAUUGUUGCAAUUGGUCCAGUGGCAUAGUUGGUGCAUGGAAAAAUUGCAUCAUGAGAUCUUCUUUCACAGCGAAGUCUUCGGUUGGGUAGAUCUGAAAUGUAAUGAAAUGAACUCUUGUACAUGGAUCUUUAAAGAAGGGAUUGGCAACAGGGGUGAUGAUGUCAUAAGCUGCCGGACAAUGCGCUGUUGAAGGUUUCUGAGUCUUGAGCUAUUUCGCAUACUCGUUUGGUAGUGUGAUCCAAGCAAGAUUUCUAAUGGGGAACUUAAGCCUUUAGUUUUCUUGUUAUAACGCCAGUAUGUUGUUGAACAGCUGGUAUAAUAUUGUUCUUUUUUACCUAACAUUGAACUCCUAUUAGGUAUCUGGUGCAAAAGGUCCAUAGGGUUUGGGGAAAUUUGAUGUUAAUUAGUGUUUGAAUUUCGUCUGCAUCUGGGAAAACAGUAUUGCGGAUGUUGUUACUUGUAAUGCUAUCUCCAUAAAAUCUGCUAACUUAUGAUAUAUAUAUUUUCUUUGUUUUGUUGUGAAACUAAGCGAUAAAGUGUUAGAGGUGAUUAAUUAUAGGUGGUAUGGUUUUGGAUUGCCUGCCGAAAAAUGGUCUUUGUGGAGUCAGAAUAAAAGUAUUGAUGAAUACUGUAUGUACUAACCUUACUUUUUGCCUUGACAAAUAUUGCAUGCUUAGUGUUGUCAAUGUCCGUAUCCACCAGAAGUAACGACGCAUUUUUGACAAUCAUAUCAGCGUUGUGUACCAUUUUGGUGUACACAAGAUCGUAAAAAUCGUCUUUGCCUGCAAUCAGGCAAGAGGAUAUGUGGGAUUUGGGACGUGUAGACUCAUUGUUGAGGAUUUUCACCUUGAUGGUAUUCAUGCUGAAAAAUAACAGUAUCAUAUGUAAAUAUAUAUACAGGUGGGACAUGUAGUAGUAGGGUGCAUAAUGUGUAUCACCUAUUUGGCUAUCAUUUAUAACUGCAUCCACACUAAUAACGGAGGCCUACUCUAGACAUGAUUUUGCACUAUUCUAACGUCAGAACUCCUAAUAUCGCCACUUGUGCGUAAUACCGCCACUUUUGUGACGUGACUUUCAUGACGUUAUUUCCAAUGAAGUGGCGAUAAUAUGCACGACGUUCUUGUGACGAUAUUAGGAGUUCUGACGUUAGAACUUUUAGGUGUAAAAUAAAACUCUACUCUUUAGCAGGAAGAACUUGACAGUUGACAUGAACAUGAUGAAAAACACACAUUAUUAGCCUUAGACCUAGUAGUUCACAAAGUUUCUUGAUGAGGAGUUGUGCAUCUGAUCUUGAGGCCAACUGUGCAUGCCAUGUAGGCCUACAUGUACAAUGUAUGCAUGCAACAUGCAUAUAUGUCUACUCCAUUAUCGAUUUUUUCUUCUUCCAAAAACCACAAUUUAUAAUAAUCAUCUGUCACUGUAGUUAGCACUAGUGAAACAAUAAUGAUUUAUACCACUGUUCAUGUCCAAGCUCAUGCAUUUUGACUUACCUAAAACGCCUUUCACUAGCUUUUAUCUGACCAAUGCCAAAAAGCUCAGCUCAUCAAAUAGAGAACAAAAUGGCGGAAUGAGGUUGGUUUAAAACCUGGCAAUGGCACAGGCAUUACAAAUAUAAAGCAAAAUUUAUACAGAACAAAUAGGCCUAGGCCUUCCAUGUUUCAAUGAUAUUUAUUCCAAGUGAAUCUGGUGCACUCAGUUGAAUCUAUUCAUAAUGUGACACAAAACAGAGCCCAGUGAGGGUCGGUUCAUAACAUGACUUAGGCACAUGGCACUGGCUCUUUGUCUUUGGGCUGAUUUUUUCAACAUCAAUUUUACUGAUUCUUCUGUGUUAAUGAUCACAUGACCUAGGACGUCAUGUGUAGGCCUAUUCAAUUUCAAGUAAAAAGCUUUAGCCGUUAAAAUAACGUACAAUGUUCCACCCUUCACGACAAAUUUACACCACUUUCCCCUCAGUGACCUUGAAGAUUACGCCACAUCAACCUGAUUUUUGGUCAACAUGUUCAGCUACAUAAGAGGUGUCUACAUACCAAAUUUAAAGACUGCAGGACUAAUGAAGGCAAAACGUGCUACUAUCGGUGAAAUUUUAGAGUUUGACCUCUGUGACCUUUACAAGUAGGUCAAAUCAAAAACCCGUAUGAUAUGUGAUGUAUCCUUGCUAGGGGUACCCACCAUAAAAUUUUUAUCAAAAACUAAUCAAUAAUAAAUGAGAUAUUGCACUUUUUAAGAAUUCGGUUUUAGCCCCCUGGUGACCAAGCCAAGAAUCAAACCGAAGGGAAAUUCAGUGUCAGGGUACAUAUGACCUUGGGCAUGAUGUAUAGAAAGUUUAAGGUUCACAGCACAAGCGGUAAAGAAACGUGCCACAGGAUACGACGCCGGACGACGGACGACGGACGCAUCCUGCUCCUUGUGGAUCUUUGCCUCUAAAGAUACUGUGGACACUCACUAUAGCUGUAGAGUCGACAUAGAGUUGGUGAAUGUUAGCCUUGCUAUGCCAUUAUCUUUGGCUCGGGAAUUCGGGAAUUUGGGUUGUAAUGAAGGUGGUAAAAUAUGGUUCAGAUGGAAACACUUAAGGAUAUGAGCCUAUGAGUGCAUGUGAAUAGCUGUAAUCGACAUGUUUUGAUAUGAUUUGUUCUGAAUAAAGAAAGUUGCGUGAUA